GCAUUUGGAAUGUGAGAAUGAGGGUCAGGGCUUUUCCCAGGCGCUGGCUUCUCUUGAGGAGGUUGUUGGUUCUAGUGCAGAGCAGCCUCUUCAGAAUCAUGGGCUGGAGUCAUUCCAGGGGUGGGGUCAAACAUUGGCAUUGUUGCAGGCUUUUGAGAUUGUGGCUAUGGCGAAAGGAUUCUUUUUUCUCUCUUUCUCGACCCACUAAGAUUGUGCUGGAAACUCUUUGGGAUGGACCGUGGUUUAUGGGUAAGGCAGCGCUUUUUCUUACGAAGUGAAUUCUAGGCUUCAAUCUUGACAAGGAAUCCAUCAGCCCAGUUCCUGUUUGGGUGAAGCUCUUAAGCUUGCCAUAUUGGGAGUUUGAGGUCUUGAAAGGUAUACCCUGCUCCAUUGAACUGUUCAUGACAUUUGAUCUGGUGACCAUUUCAAGGAAACGUUAGUUGUUUGCCAGAUUUUGUAUACGUACCUCUUCAUCUAUUACCUUGCCCUCCAAGAUGAAUGAAUGGGUACAAUAAAUCAUGUAUAAAGACUCCACAGUAAUAUGGGAAAUUACCAUAUGGCUACUCGCCCUUCCUUUGGGUGUUUGAUCAAUAGAAGAUUGCAUAAACUUAGAAGAUUGAGGAUCUCAAGAUCCCUCGUCAUCCUCAGUCUGAAGCAGAGUAACUGAUGUAUAUUGGUGUGCGCUUUUUUUGGUUAGCACCCAAAGGCACUAUUGAGUGAGACUCAGAGAGCUAGUAGAGAUCAUAUUCAUAUAAACGUAGAGAUCAUAUUCAUAUAAUCAAGGACUGGGUAUAAUGUUACCUAUCUAAAAAAGGAAAAAGGGAAGGAUGUGAGCCUUAUCAGUCACCCCUUGAUUCUCUUGAAUUAGGCCCAACUCUUAUAUUUGGGAGUUAUGCUAGGAAGGAGUGUGCUCCAAUGACUGUGGGUGGAAACAAUGGUAGAUUUAAGAGCCUUUAGAGUGAUUUGGCUUCCACCUGGAGUUUGAUGCUCUUAAGUUUUUUCAAUUUCUUUUAGGAGUUGGUGCAUGUGUUGCUGUGUAUUUUCAGCGCCUAGGCUGAUUAUUCAAUGCUGUUGUAUCUUGAUUGUUUUUGGCAUCUUUGGUGGAUAUUUCCUAAAUUUUGUAUAAGGUUGACAUUUCAAAACCCUCUUUUAUUCCUAAGACUUAAAAGUAUAUACUAGAAGUCCUAAUUUUUCAAUUUGUCAAACAAAUGCAUGGAGACAAACCACUACCAACUUAUUAGCAAAAGUUCACGAUACAAAUUAAGAGCAGGCCAAUUUAUUUUAUUGAAUGAGGACAUAUGAACUGUCUCUGAGAAUAUUUGAUUCAUGUCCAUAAGGUCCAGUUAAUUCAGCCCAACUCAGAGCAUUUCUGUAAAUAAAUUUAAUUGAUAUAGGUUGUAUCAAUCAAUUGAACCUAAUAAAACAUUCUUUAUGAAGACAUCAGCAUAACAAAGAUCGAUAUAAUCGAAGAUUCAAAAAUAAGCAGAGGCCGGCUCAAAUCUUUAUGUGACUGCAUUUUUUUUCCCUCUUUUGGACAACAUUUUUUGGAUUUCAUUUAAGGACAGCAAAAAGGUAAUAUUGCUAUUACAAUGGCUUUCGCAGCAGAGGUGGAUAUCGUUAUAACCACCAUUAGAGAUCUGGACUUUCUGGAAAAAUGGAGGCCAUUUUUUCUACCUUACCAUCUUAUCAUAAUUCAGGAUGGCGACCCACACAAGACAAUCAAGGUGCCUGAGGGCUUCGAUUAUGAACUCCACAACCGCACUAACAUAGUUGAAUUAUUGGGCCCCAAGGCUUCUUGCAUUUCCUAUAAGGACACUGCCUGCCGUUGCUUUGGAUAUCUUCUCUCCAAGAAGAAGUAUAUCUUUACCAUUGGCGACGAUUGCUCUGUGGCUAAGGAUCCGACAGGAAAAGACAUAAAUAUAGUGGAACAACACUUGAAAAAUCUGAGUAAGCCUUCUACACCAUAUUUCUUCAAUACCCUUUAUGAUCCAUUCCGUGAACGCUGUGAUUUUGUUCGUGGGUAUCCCUUCAGCUUGAGGGAAGGCGUCUCCACUGCCAUUUCACAUGGGUUGUGGCUUAACUUUCCUGACUACGAUGCACCCACACGGCUUGUCAAACCAUUAGAGAGGAAUACCAGAUAUGUGGAUGCUGUCACGACUAUUUCCAAGGGGUCCCUCUUUCCCAUGUCAGGAAUGAACCUUGCCUUUAACAGAGAAUUGAUUGGCCCUGCAAUGUACUUUGGGCUCAUGGGAGAAGGCCACCCUAUAUCUCGUUAUGGUGACAUGUGGGCAGGCUGGUGCACCAAGGUGAUCUGUGACCACAAGGGAUAUGGAGUUAAGACGGGUCUUCCAUAUGUAUGGCACAAUAAGGGCAAUAGUGCCUUUGUAAAUCUGGAGGAGGAGAACAAUGGCAUCUACUGGCAAGAAGAGAUAGUCACCUUCUUUCACUCAGUUAAGCUUUCUAGGGAUGCUAUAACUGUUGAACAAUGUUACCUUGAAUUGGCUAAACAGGUGAAAGACAAACUCAGUUUGAUAGACCCUUACUUCAAUAAGUUGGGAGAUGCAAUGGCAACAUGGAUUGAGGCUUGGAGACAGUUCAAUCCUGAUACCGAUCCCAAUUUCAGUAGCAGUGAAAGACCCAUGUGAAAGCAGCAGUGAAUGCUCACUACAAUUGGUUGCGUUUCAAACUAUAUGAACUUUUUCUCUCAUGUCAAAAUAUUUUGACAUAUAAAUUUUUAGUUUUUAGAA